GGCGCGCCCCGCCUUGGGAGGGAGGAGCCACGCCCACACCGGAGGGCGUGGCCUCCAGCCGGCGCGGGAAAGGGGCCGGCGCGGCGUGUGCGCGCUCAGCCGGCGAUCGCGCGCAGCACGUUCAGGGUGGGGAUGGCGGCGGCGGCGGCGGCGGCGGCGGCGGCUGGGAGCGGGACGCCCAGAGAGGAGGAGGCUUCCGGAGGGGAGGCAGCAGCAGCUCCGCAGGCCCAGGCCCCGACGAGUGCACCCGGGGCUCGGCUCUCGCGGCUGCCUCUGGCGAGAGUAAAGGCUCUGGUGAAGGCGGACCCUGACGUAACGCUCGCGGGACAGGAAGCCAUCUUUAUCCUGGCGCGUGCCGCGGAACUGUUCGUGGAGACUAUUGCAAAAGAUGCCUACUGCUGUGCUCAACAAGGAAAGAGGAAAACCCUCCAGAGGAGAGAUUUGGAUAAUGCUAUAGAAGCUGUGGAUGAAUUCGCUUUUCUAGAAGGCACUUUGGAUUGAUUGCGGAGCUGGAUGAUUUUGUGAGCCUUUGCCGCCCGCACCUUCCUCUUUCCCUGUGCCAGCCUCAGCUUUGGAGAGUCUGCCAGUUACACAGUCCUCUUCUACUUUCCCAAGCUGCACGAAGCAGAGCUCUCUGAGAGCGUUCUCCACCAACCAAGUCUUCCAUUACUCGAGUCUGUCUUCCACUUCAGGCCUGGAUGUAGCUGCUGCUGGACGGAAGGACUCUACACAGUGGCUCACUGAGCAGGAAGACCAGAGUGAAAGUCUCUGCUCAGCUUCGUUCCGUGUUUUCGAGUCCUGCCUUUGCUCUUGCCCUGUGACUGGAGAACCAGGUGGUCAGGCGCAGACUUUCUAUCAACCAUCCUGAGUCACCUUUUUAUUAACUUGGUUCUUUCUCAGCAUGUCAUUGGAACGUGGGUCUAUAAUUUAUGGGAUCCGCUUCUCCUUAGGAGUCAAAGCGACGUCCUAGCAGUUUUAUUGAAGUAUGGUUCAUUUGUCAUAAACAAUUUAAACUAUAAAAUUCAGUGGGAUUUUUUUCUUUUGAGAUAUGCAUAGGUAUGUGUAGCAAGAUUUUGAACAUUUUCCUGUGAACAGAUUGACAUGAGUCUUUGGUGUAUGACAUAAUUUCCAUAAUGUUAUUUAAAUUUUAUCUGUGCUAUGAUAUGUAUUUGUACCCUUUAAGUUGUGAAAUACACAUAAUAUAAAGUUUCCAGUUUUAACCGCUUUUCAGUGUGUUGCUCAGUGGCAUUGAAUACUUUCAGAGUGUUGCACAACCAUCACCAUCAUUGGCCUCCAGAACUUGGGAUAAUGUUCUCAGGCUGGAACAGCAUGUACAUGGGACAGUAACUUCCUUUCCCUUACUCCUCCAGUGCCUGGCUCAAUUCAUUUUCUUGUGUUUUUGUGAGAAGGUGUGGGCAGUGUGUUUGGAGAACUUAGAAUGUUCAGGAAGGCAACAGAAAGCCUUGGCCAGGGCUUCUUAUAGUGUUCUGCAGUGUAGAUCUCUUAAGAUACAAAGUCUGCAGGAUGUUUUCUCCAGAGUAGUAAACUCAGUCUUGUAACAUGUUCAAAAUAAACUUUCAGAAAAAUA